GCAGACAUUGACGCAUUGAGCUCGAAGAAACAUUACUUUUUCUGAAAGAGAACGAUCGCAAAAGCCUUUGUCGAACUAGGAUCCGUUGUUGACAUUUGAUGUGGGGGGCGGUGUUCCCGUUCCCUGAUGUAUCACAUGCUGUGGGCACUUUACAUUUUCUAGAAGAUUUAUAAGUGGCGCUUGGCGAAUGACUACAGUUUCCUUGCCCAAAGUCUUCUCACAUACGUUGUAGUCAUGAUUUUUAGCGUUGGCUAGCACCCAAGUUCUUGCAAAAGAUGGCAACGGACAUGCUGCAGAAUGAGGACUUGGUCAGCUACCUGGUGACAAAGUCCUCAUGGAGGGGGAGGUAUCCGAGGGUAUUUUCUGUGGGGUCAAAGGGGAUAAGGACCUAUGAGCCUCACACGAUGGAGAUCACAAAUCAGUGGCCCUACUGCGAGUUUGCUGGGAUUUUUCCGAACAACAAAGGAAGCAACCAAGAGUAUUACAUACGCGUCCACAAAGGAAAGAAAAUAGAAACGAUGCGUUUUAUCUUCGAGCAUCGCGCAGAAAUAUUAACGGAAGCACUGAAAAUGAAGCACUUGUUUUCUGACUCAAAGCAAGAGAGUGUUCGGUUUAAUGCAAUGAAGCACCACUGGUCAGAGCAGACUGUGCCAGUGAUCCUGGAGGUGACUGAAAUAUCGGUGAAUCAAAUUGAUGGGCAGACAGGGAGGUUGCUAGCAUGUUACUAUUACAAGGAUGUUGUGGGCCUGUCUUCUGUUUCUGACUGCCCCGGAGGUCUCGCAAUCAUAACGGAUUCCAUUGAUCGUAUUCAUGUGUUCGCAACAGACAAGAGGGAAGCAAUAAUGAAGAAAAUUGUGGACAAUGCCAUCAUGUACGUUGGGGUGCAGAUUUCUUUUCGAGACGUGCUCACUCUUGAGAAGGCCAUGCAGGGUCGUCUUGGCAGAUUUAGCACUGAUGAAGCUGUGACAUCCUUGUGUGAGUUCACUGUACACAAGAUUUCACAACGUCAUAAGGAACCUGUCAAGAGGAUCCUCGGUUUAACAGAGUGUUGCCUUGUCGAGAGAGAUGCUUCUACCUACACGAUUGCAACCCUCCGGCCCCUGGCAGAUAUAUGUAGAAUUGUGCGUUCCAAAGAAAACCCUCAACAGUUCAGCAUAGAAUAUGUUAAAGGACAGAUAAGGCACUACAUUUCAAGCAACAGGGAUGCCUUAUUGGCCACCCUGCUGGAUGGGGUGCGUUCAUCGGGCAACCGUGAUGUGCACGUGGCCAUGGUGCCUGGAGCACGGGGUCAGCGUUUCGGUCCACUGUGGUUGCCAGUGGAGGAAGAUGUUGAGGCAACACACUUGCGCUUCUUACACACCAAGCCUCCGAUGCAGCCAAACUGGACCAAUGCGGACUUGAUUUCUCGCUUCAACAGCAAUGUGCCUUACAGUGGAUUACUUCACACUGCGAACAAAGACGGCUUUUUCUCAGAAAACAAGGAGAAGUUCUUUCAGAACGCACUGCUUGCAAUGCUAGACAGGGAAGGAGACCAGGGCAGUAUACCACCACAGGAUCUUGAAGCUCAGUUCCAAGCAUUGCGACGCCUCUUCGCAUGCAAAAUAGGCUUUGCUGCUUUUACUCAGGUGCCUAGGGUUCGAGAGCACAUAGGGAUGAAAGUGGUGACAGCACUGAAGCGGAAUGACCCAGCAGUCACUCAUUCUGCCAUUGACAUGCUGUGUGCGCUUAUGCAGCCGAUGCAUGACAAUGGUAACCUCUACCAGGAACAGUUGAACAAAACAUCACUCUUGUCACGUCCAGAGUUUUUGAAGUCACUAAUGGAGAUGUUUGUCAAACAUGUGGAGCAAGGAACAGGGGCUCUGGUUGUGAGUGCAAUGCUGGACUUGCUCACAUUUGCUAUGUGCUACCCGUACAGUGAAACGACAGAAGGCGGUCAGUUUGAUUCACUCCUGGACUUGGUUGCUUCACAUGGGCGAGUCAUCUUUCAGCUCUUUCAGCAUCCAUCUGUUGCCAUCGUGAAAGGAGCUGGCAUGGUGAUGAGAGCUAUCAUUGAGGAGGGUGAUUUUGAGAUAGCAAGGCGAAUGCAAGAUCUGGCUCUCGCUGAGGCAGCUCUCCCAAGGCACCUUCAUAUGUCUCUGUACAGUACAGAGCCUACACUGGCAGCAGAAUCCAGGCUAGUGGCUUUGCAGCAUCUCGCCAGACACCUAGCAGGCCUCUGGGUCACAGGGCACGAAGGAGCGAUGGCUGCCCUCAAGCGCAUGCUGCCUCCAGGGCUUCUUGCAUCUCUUGAAUCCAAAGAAAAGCCACCGGAAAGCCGGAACCUUAUCAGUGUGCGAGAUAAUCUUCAGCUUGCCUUUGAUCAUUCCAACAAGACACAAUCAAAAGCUGCCCAACAAUGGAAGGUUGUGGAACGCCAUGUUGAACACUUCUUGCAGCACUGGAAAGCGCGCAUUUAUCCGCACCAAAAUGACGAGAAGAAUCAGCAACGGCCGAUCGUUCUUCGCAAAAGGAGGCAGCGAAUAAAAUCUGAAGUAAACUGGCCGAUGUUCUACUACCAGUUUCACCAAGACCAUGCCCGUCCAGACCUUAUCUGGAACUUCAAGACUCGAGAGGAGUUGAAAGACGCAUUGGAGGCCGAAUUAAGGGCAUUUUCGCAAGACCGGGAGUUGUGUCGGGGGCUACCGGUCUCAUGGAAUCACUGGGAAUUCGAAGUCCAGUACCCAAGUCUCAGUGAGGAAAUUCGUGUUGGCGACUACUUCCUUCGCUUACUGCUGGAAGAAGAGAGCGAUGUCUCGGGUGAUGCUGCUUCCUACAUUCGUCGCUCGACAGAGUUUUUCAAUGACCUGUAUCACCGUUUCCUGCUCGCAACCAAAGUGGAUAUGCGCUGUCAGUGCCUGCAAGCAAUGGCCUUGGUAUAUGGGCGCCAUCACGAUGAGAUCGGUCCUUUCAAUGACACUCGAUUUGUGGUUACCAUGCUCGAUAAGUGCACCAAUCGUUUGGAGAGGGACCGGCUACUUGUCUUCAUCAGCAAGCUCAUUCUCAACAAGAAAAAUGUGAAGAUCCUUGUUGACACUGAUGGCGUGAAGAUACUGGUCGACUUCGUGACACUUGCCCACCUGCAUACUAACAGGGCUGUCAUUCCAACACAGAUCAACGUGAUUGAGGCUUCACCAGAGAUGAUGGUUGGAACCGAAAAAGAAUGGUACUACGACAAGGGAGAACAAGACCGUCAUGGUCCCUAUAGUUUUGCAGAGAUGAAAGAACUUUGGGAAGAAAACAAGCUGAGUGCAAAAACUCGAUGCUGGGCACAAGGCAUGGAUGGAUGGCGGACGUUGGAUAGCAUUCCUCAGCUGAAGUGGGGUCUGCUUGCUUCUGGCGCUGCCCUAAUGAACGACAGCGACUUGGCUGCACAUAUCCUGUCCAUGCUCAUUACCAUUUGCGAAUAUUACCCAAGCAAGGAUCCUGAGGGAGCCGUAAUUCGUCCACUUCCACGGGCCAAGCGGAAACUUUCUGAUCCGUCGGUUUUGCCUCACAUUGUGCAGGUACUGCUCACCUUUGACCCAGUUCUUGUGGAGAAAGUAGCAGUGUUGCUGAUGCACGUGAUGCAACAUAACCCUGCUAUCCAGAGGCUGUACACAACAGGCUUCUUCUUCUUUGUCCUGUUGUAUACAGGGUCGAACCUGCUAAACAUUGGUCAGCUUCUCCACAGCUCACAUACUGUACAAGCCUUCCGUUUGGAAGAGGGAAGCACACUUACUCAACGUAGCGUACUAGGCCAGAUCCUUCCAGAGGCUAUGGUCUGUUACUUAGAAAACCAUGGAGCUACGAAGUUUGCUGAAAUCUUCCUCGGGGAAUUUGACACACCAGAGGCUAUCUGGAAUUCAGAAAUGAGGCGCUUCAUGAUGGAGAAGAUAGCCUGUCACAUAGCUGACUUCACCCCACGGCUGAAGUCGAACACUCGGUGUACAUAUCAGUACUGCCCCAUACCUGCAGUGCGUUAUCCACAGCUAGAGCACGAGCUGUUCUGUAACAUUUACUACCUGCGGCAUCUGUGCGAUACGCAACGCUUUCCCAACUGGCCCGUGGCUGAUCCUGUACAGUUGCUAAAGGACGUGUUAGAAAGUUGGAGGCAGGAGCUGGAUAAGAAGCCGCCAUCCUUGUCGAUUGAAGAAGCCUGUCAGAACCUUGGAAUCACCACAGAUGAAAGGAUGGAUGACACAAAGAUACGUCAUGCAUAUUUCAAGCUGGCACAGAAGUAUCACCCUGACAAGAACCCUGAUGGACGGGAAAUCUUUGAAAAGGUGAACAGAUCGUAUGAGUUUCUCUCUGACAAAUCACAACGACGUGCUGAUGGUCCAGAUCCAGUCAAUCUGAUCCUGAUCCUUAAGACUCAGGCCAUUCUUUUCUCUAAUCACCGUGAAGAGCUGCAUCCGUACAAGUAUGCUGGCUAUCCUAUGCUUAUCAAGAUGAUGGAGACUGAAGUUGAAGAUGACCAGUUGCUCUCAAAAGAGCACCCGCUGCUUGGAGUUGCCACGGAAACAGCGUAUCACACUCUAAAUUGCUCCGAGCUCAACGUUGAGGAGCUGCGACGAGAGGGUGGCCUUGAGGUUCUCCAACAAGCAUUUUCUCGCUGCGUAGCAAUUCUGAGUCAGUCUUCGAAACCAUCUUCUCUCGAAACCUUGGUCUUAAAGCAUGUCGCCUUGUGCUUUGGAGUUGCAGCAAAAUUCCCCGCCUGUAGAGAGGUCAUUAUAGGAAUGCCGUCAAUGAUACGCGACCUCUGCAGGGUCCUCUACUUCAAGCAUCUGCCGGAGCUGUGCCUGUGCGUAGUGAGCUGCAUCAGCGCACUGUCUGUGGACGAGGAGCUGCAGACGCAGUUGUUCCGAGCUGGCGCACUCUUUCAUCUGAUGCUGUUCUUUUUUCAAUACGACUACACCUUGGAAGAAGGUGGUGUGGAACGCACAAAGGAGAACAAUCAACAGGAAGUGGCGAACCAGUUGGCUCAGCAGAGUAUGGUGGCGUGUGCACGGCUGGGAGGGCUCCUUGAUGGCGAAAUGGCAACACCACCAAACCACAUGGUCCGAGAGUCCUUGCAAGCGUUGUUCACAUUGUAUCUCACUCGGAAGAUUAGCGUGCUGACUCCUGCUGAGGUUCUGAAGGUGGUGACUGGCAACACUGAAAACCCGUAUCUGAUAUGGGACAAUUCAACGAGGGCAGAGUUACAAGAGUACUUGAAAGCACAGCAAAGAAGUAUGGUGCGCUCUGGUGAAUGCGACGAGUCUUUUGGGGUCGACUUUACGUAUUCUGUUUACAGUAAAGAGCUAAUUGUUGGAGAAAUUUUCAUUCGCAUCUAUAACGAGCAACCUACAUUCCCACUAGAGAAUCCUCGGUCGUUUGUCCUUGACCUGCUGAACUUCAUUGGUACGCAAGCACAGUACUUGCACUCUGCAAGGUCCCUGAAGGAGGAUCCGUCUGCGCCACAGCAGCAGUCAAAUUCCACAGAACGGUUCUGGCAGACUGAAAAGUGUUUGGAGGCAUUGCACAAUGUCAUUCGGAACCAUGCAGGUGUUGAGGUUCUCUGCAUUGGACACUUCAGGCUCCUUUUCUGCCUGCUCAGUUUGGAUGGCUGUAGCAAUCUUCAGUCUGUUACAGUAAACGUAAUACAAGCUGUAACGGGCAACAAAGAAUGUGUAAAUGACAUCGCAUCAGCUGAAGUGCUGGUAUACCUCUUGCUUGUCCUGAUGACAUUUACCAGCCAGGAAAGACAGGUGGCAGUGCUCGAUACACUUCUACCAAUGAUGUCAAAUAGCAAGCUAGUAAAGGAAGCUAUCAACAAGGGUGCAGUGGUGUAUCUCCUAGAACAGUUCUGCAAUAGCUGCAAUCCACUAGUAAGAGAGCGUACGGGGGAAUUGCUGAGCAAAAUGUCAGCAGAUAAACUGCAGGGGCGUCGGCUCAGUCUAGCUCUUGGAAGAUUUCUUCCUGAGGUGUUCUUAGAUGCAAUGCGACAGUCACCCCAAGAAGCUGUACAUCUUUUUGAGGGAAAUCAAGAAAACCCUGAGCUCAUUUGGAAUAAUGAGGCUCGAGAACAGCUCUGCAAUACUGUGAAAAGAAUGUCUAAAGAACAGUAUGAGCUUCAGAAAACGAAUCCUGACGCAACGUGGAAGCUGCCUCCAGACUUCAACAUGAAUGAGAUGGACAACUCAGAACUUGUCAUUGGGGGUGUCUACAUUCGACUGUUUGUACAGAACCCUGCGUGGUCAUUACGCCGUCCUCAAGACUUCCUCUCCGAGUGCCUUUAUAAUAUAUGCUCCCUUAUGACCAAGUCACCAGUUGAUGAGACUACACUAGACCUUCUAACUCAAGCUGUGCUGGGGGUGCUGCAGAGUCAGCCUCUCCUUCGUGAUAGGCUUCCUGAAAUGGGACAUUUUCCACAGCUCGUUACUGCACUCUCCAACCCACAAACAGCUCCUUUCUCACUACAAUUGCUACACGAGGUUGCUCACAGCCAGGUAUGCGUGCAAGCCCUGUGCCAAACAGACUGCAUGAGUGCAGUUGGACAAGCACUGCGUGCGUGUCCCGAGAUGGGUGAAGUGGCAUGCAAGGCGCUCAACACCCUCUUCGACCCUGAUCGUCAUUGCCCUGCUCUUGUCAAUCAGGCAUUAAAGGGUGGUCUAGUGGAGCAGCUGUUGCAACUUCUUGGGUUGCCGACCACAUCAGCGACAACAAAAGCACAUAUUGUUCAAACUCUCAAGUCCAUGGCUACUGACCUUGGAAGUGGUGACCAGGUCAACAUUCUUCUAGGACAGUCAAAGGUAUGGUCAGACUACAAGGAUCAAAAGCAUGACUUGUUUGUUACACCAACAGCAGCAGCAGGGUACCUUCCAAGUGCCACAGGCAUUGCUGGCUAUUUGACGCAGGGCUCUACGAAACAAUAUCCGCAUUCACCACCACCACUGGGUGAAAGCUGAGGCCAAAAUGACACGUCGAAGUGCUAAAGUCAAUGCCCUAUGUUAAUUGUAAAAAGGAGGGGCUUUCAUAGCAUUUGUGUGUGUCUGUGUGUGAAAGACAUGGAUGUAUCAGGAAGGAUAUAGAAAUGUUUUUACUUGUUGGGGGUGAAACUAGAGAUGAGAACGUGUGAAUGGCGAUAUAAAGAAGAGGGAGAGAAAAUGUUCAAGAUUUUUGUAUUGUUUCAUCAUUGCCAGAAAUCGUUGUUCACUACGUUAUGAUGGUGCUGGCCACCCCAAACCGGUGCCUGAUAAGUUUGUGUAACUAUAGGUAUCAAAUGUUAUUAUCUGUGUUUUAUGUGUAACAAACUGUUAAGAAAAGUGAUUUUGUGGAUAUAUAAAGACACAUCUGUUUCAUA